CUCGAACCUCCCUUCGCAAGUGAUCUUUCGGCCAGAUACGGCCAUCCCAAAUUUCCAUCCGGCGAACCCGGGCAUGGAUAUGCCACCUUCGCCGCAGCCUACAUUUUAAGGAAGUUCCAAUUAUCAAAAAUGAGGGACAUUACUGAGUUGCCACAUGACCUUUUCCUGCUCGUCAUUUGGUACCUGCCUCCCCAAACCUGCAUUUGCUGCCGCGCUGUCAGUCGCCGAUGGCAUGCCGCCUUCACGAGCCCGGAUAUCGCUCUGUUGCUCCUGCGCUGGAAUUUCCCACGAUGCCGCGAGCUCCGCUUGGCCGCCGCCGCCGCCGCACCGCUCUCAACGUUGUCGGCAAGCGUCCCCAGGAACCUGAGGGCCGAGCUUGCAAACGUUGCCGAGCAACCACGCAAUUGGUCCUCCACAUUUGCUGAGGUGGCCCGCCGAUACUUCCACCUGAACAAGGGACGACCGCGGGUUGUCGAGAAACUCGAGCUGGCCCAAAGCAGCCGCGAGAAUGGGUCCGCCUUCUCCUUCAGAUGCGUCGCACCUUGGAACCGGUUCUUGCGUCUGAACGAUAAGGUCUGCAAUUUCCACUAUCCCGACCCCGUUUGGUGGUACAGUCAGGAGGACGGCCUGUUGGUGUACCCGGCCGCCAUCGAUGCCGUGCCAGAGGACUGGGACGGAUACAUCUACCACCUGGUCGACCUCGCCACGGCCUACCGCUUCCACGUACCAUUCGACACACGUUCGAAGCACAUCCGCCGGGUUCGCUUAGCCCAUGGUGUGCUCAUCUUUGAGUGGGCAGAAGCACUUCCCUAUCACCAGCUCAAUGACCGAGAGGUUGUGCAUCGCCAUUUCGUGACGGCCUUCGACGUCAUCCGCGAGCCUUCCCGCACGGCCUCGGGCGCUCCGUGGACAGUCAAAUUCCGGUCAGAAUGGAAGUUGCACUUCCUCGGCUUGCCUCUGAACCAGUCGGAUCGCUUCUUUUCCACACACACAGAUACCCAUUAUGCCGUAUACUUUUGGCAGCCUAACCGUUCCUUGUAUCAGGAUGACCCCAUCGAGCAGCUGGCUGUGUGGGACAUCUCUUCGCCGAGCCCGUACCGGCCAUCGGAAGACCCAAAAGGCGACAAGCGGCCGGUAGCGAACCGGACACCAUCCUUGCCGACUGGGUUGUGGAAUGGGCACCACAGCGCGGGAACUAGCAGCAUAUACGGGCUAACCGACUCUAGUGUGGAUAUGAAGCCGUCCAGGAGAGCCUCGCUCGCCGAAGCCACGGCUGGACCACAGGUGAUCCGGCGCAUGGCCUGGCGUGAGUUGGACUUUUACGGGCUGCGACAGCGAGCUACACCACGGCUAAGGAGUCUGGCUCUGGAUUCACAGAGCGUGUACGUGAUCGAGGAAGAACACCGCUGGGCCGCUGGCCAGCAUAGCUCCCUGACUCCCCCACGUGUACAUCUCGUCCGAAGCACUGGGAUUCCGGUCAUCCCGGCGCCGACGCCGUCCGCUCAGAAACCCUACCCGAUUGCUGCACGGUCCACCAGCGAUCUGAACGCAGCGGCAGGCCAGGACAACCUCGAACCUUCCACGCUAGACAACAUUAUUGGCGGGCCCGUCCACGGUCCUAUAUGGGUUGACUCAUGCGGCGCCAACGGGGAUGUCAAUAUGAACUUUUGCUGGCGCGUCGCAGAUGCAAACGGCACCGACAGGCCGAGGGCUACAAGCGGAGGAGCCUGGCUCCGGCCAACUUCAGACCAUGGCCAGGAGGAUCCCAGUGAUCAACUGCAUCCACGUGCGAUCGAGAACCCAGUGGGUUGGCCAUGGUCACUGGGUGAAACCGUCUCUUCAAAACCGACUUUUGCAAGCGAAUCGAAUCGCUGGCCUGGCUGGGCCCCUUGCUGGCGUCACGAAGACUUCCCUUAUCUGACCGUCACGGAGAUGGUGGACUUUGCCGCCGGUGUGCGCGUUGCGGCUCGCCGCUGUUUUAUGCUCGAGACCCUGUCAGCGCAUGUCAAGCCCACCGUUACUUUUGAAGCCACCGGCCCCUCAGCUACGGACCAGGGCAAUGGUGACGCGGGAAGCGCCACGCGACGAUCCAGCAGUGGGGGAGCUGUUCCUGCUAGAAGUAACGAGGUCUACUUCCCUGAUCAUAUGUGGUCUGAACUCGUAGCGAAGGGACACAUUGCCGGGGAUGAGCGGUGGAUCGUCGGUGAAGAUGAGCAAGGGAGGAUUACCGUCGUGCGGUUUUGAGCUCUCUCGUUAAGCCGGAUCCAGCCACGCCCAAAUACCUUCUUUACUGGUGUGCCGUCAAGGGCAUAACAUAAUGGCCUCCAGUUGCUCUUCUCGAGUCUCUCUAGAGCGACAUUGGAAUGCGGAUCUCCAUCCAGGGAAGU